GGGAGGGGUGGGGGGACCCCCACUGUCGCCCGGCUUACAGCCUGCCCGGACCCCAGCCUCUGGCAGCCUGGCAAGGGGGAGGCGACCCGGUCGUACCCUGUCCGUGACAGAGGUGCGCAGCGCCGCGGGACCCCUGGCGAGGAGAGGCAGUGACCGGUGCGGGCCGGGCCCAGGGCAUGGGGGCUGGCGGGAGAGGCUCCCUCGGAUCCUGUGGAGGCGAACUGCGCCAGCCAUUCCGCAGCCAGCUUUCCAGGCGCCCAUGACCCGCCCUCGACGGUGCUGUGCCGGGAGAGAGCUGUGGGGGGAGCCUGCUGCGGAAGAAAUGGCGGAGCGGGAGCUGGGGUGGGGGGCACCCGGGGAGGCCGCCGGGGCGAGAGCGGGUGGGGGGUGGUGUUCGAGUUAUUUGCCCAACUGGCAGGAGCCUGGGUUCGGUGGCGUCGGCUGUUACGGGCCCUAAUUCUGUAAAGGGGCCUAUUGGCCCCCGGACCCUGGGUGCUGUCCCUUAGCACAGGCUCCUGGUUGAUUCGAAAGUCUUCUCUCUGCGAGGUAGGUCUGGUGGUUUCAUCCCGCAGAGUGCAUCUGUAGAGGAGAGGCUUGAGAAAAAGGAAGAGCAGGACAAUGGCCUGGAUUUCUGGAGGCCUGCUUUAAAGCUGCUCACUUCUGUAAGGAAGGGAAGGAGGAAUAGACUGGCCCAAAUCUCUGGAGGACUGCCUGCUCUCUGAUGUAGAGCUUAAUACCACUGAAACAAAGCAAGGAGGGGGAAAUUGCACCAUAUCCUUGCAGAUCUACCUCCAGUGGCAUCUCUGCUGGUGUUGGAAUUGCUGCUGACCACCACCCUCAACAGGUCUGCACCCACCUGGGAGCAUCCAUCAUCCCCCAGCUUGGUUGUGCCUCUUCUGCGCUUUGUGAUAUUGACUGAGGCUAGGCUUUGGAAGCAGAUCGAUUGACUGCUGGACUGGUGAUUGACUCUAACUUUUGUUUCCAACUAUAUCACGUGAAUCACUGAAAGAUCACAGUGUGAAGAUACAAAACUGUGAGAUCUGUGGUAGAGGCUGAGACUGGGGUAGGGGUACUUAACUGGGCCUCCUCUGUAACGUAUACCAUGACUGGGGCUGAGAUUGAACCUGCUGCCCAGGCAAAGCCUGAAAAGAAGGCUGGAGAAGAGGUUGGAGGUGGGGCUGAAAGAGAGAAUGAAGUCCCAAUGGUGGUCAGACCCAAGGUUAGGACCCAGGCACAGGUAAUGCCUGGAGCAAGGCCCAAAACUGAGUCAAAGUCUAUGCCUGGGGCAAGGCCCAAAACUGAAUCCCAGGCAAUGGCUGGGGCAAGGCCCAAAACUGAGUCCCAGGCAAUGGCUGGGUCAAGGCCUAAAACUGAGUCCCAGGGAAUGGCUGGGACAAGGGCCAAAAUUGAGUCCCAGUCAGUGGUUGGGGCAAGGCCCAAAGCUGAAGCCAGGACAGUAGGGGGAGGACGUCCUAAGACCGAGGCCAAGGCAAUCCCUGGGGUGAGGCCCAAAGAUGAAGCCCAAGCUUGGCCCCAGACUGAGUUUGGGGCGGAGGCAAUGUCGCAAACAGAGGGGUUGGCCCAGACCAGUGCUGUAGCCUGGCCACUCGUCAGUACUGAGUCUGGGCCUGUUGCUAAACCUAUGGCCCUAUCUGUGGAUAGGGAACUGGUCAGUGUGGACACUGAGACGUUUCCUGGCUCCCAGGUUCAGACAGGAAUUCAACCCUGGUUUGGAUCAGGGGAGGAAGUUAAUAUGGGGUCUUGGUGCUAUCCUAGGCACCGGGCCAGAGAGGAAGCCUCUAACGAGUCUGGAUUCUGGUCAGCAGAUGAGACCUCUACAAUGUCCUCUUUCUGGGCUGGAGAAGAGGCCAGUAUCAGAUCGUGGCCCAGGGAAGAGGCCAAUACCAGAUCCAGGCAUAGGGCUAAACAUCAGCCUAACCCCAGGUCCAGGCCCAGAUCCAAGCAAGAUCCCUAUGUUGAUUCUUGGUCUGGGUCUGAGGAGGAGUCUGGCAACCCAUUUUGCUUGUGGGCUGGAGAAAAUACCAAUAACUUGUUCAAGCCCAGAGUCCGGGAUGAGGAAACUAUGAGGUCCAAGCUUAGGACAAAGAGAGAGGACUUUUUUGAGUCUGAGUCUGAAGAUGAGUACUCUAAGGAGUCCUGGUUUUUGCCUGGAGAAGAGGCCAAUGGUAGAUUCAGGACCAGAGACCAGGAAGAGCUUAAUACUGUCUUGAAGCCCAAGGGCCAGAAAGAUGUUAAUAACAGUGGUAGGGUCAAACAAGAGCCCAGGUUUGAAGAGGAAGUCAUUAUUGGGUCCUGGUUCUGGGCAGAAAAAGAGGCCAGUAUGGAGGCUGGGGCUUUGGCCAUCUGUGAAUCUACACCAGGGUCUGAGGAGGGGGCCAUUGGUGGAUCCUUGCUUUGGACUGAGGAAAAGUCCAAUUUGGGGGCUGUGGCCAGAGAAGAGGCCAGGCCAGAGUCUGAAGAAGAGGCCAUAUUUGGGUCCUGGUUCUGGGAUAGGGAUGAGGCCUGCUUUGAUCUAAAUCCCAGUCCUGUGUAUAAGGCUAGUUCCAGGUUCAGAGAUUCAGCUGAAGAGGAACUUAAAGCAUCAUCCAGGCCCCAAACCUGGGAAGAGGUCACUGUUGAAUUCAAACCUGGUCCUUGUCAUGGGGUUGGCUUCCCAUCCCCAAGCUCCUUUAGAAUUCCUGAAGAAGCAGCAUCUGUAUUCUCUGACAUGUUUGAGGGAAAGCCCAAGAAUUUGGAAUUUACCCCAGAAGGGGAAGGGCGGGAAUCUUUGCUUCAGUCUGAUCAGCCUGAACCUGAGUUCCCAUUUCAUUAUGAUCCAUCCUACAGGUCAGUCAGGGAAAUCCGGGAGCAUCUUAAGGCCAGGGAGAGUGUAGCACCUGAGAGUUGGUCCUGCAGCUGCAUACAAUGUGAGCUUAAAAUUGGUACUGGAGAAUUUGAAGAACUCCUUCUAUUAAUGGACAAAAUCCGAGAUCCUUUUAUUCAUGAAAUAUCUAAAAUUGCAAUGGGCAUGAGAAGUGCUUCUCAGUUUACCCGAGAUUUCAUUCGGGAUUCAGGUGUUGUCUCACUUAUUGAAACCUUGCUCAAUUAUCCCUCCUCCCGAGUUAGGACAAGUUUUUUGGAAAAUAUGAUUCACAUGGCUCCACCUUACCCAAAUCUAAACAUGAUUGAGACAUUCAUAUGUCAAGUGUGUGAAGAAACCCUUGCUCAUAGUGUGAGUUCUCCUGAGCAGCUGCUUGGAUUAAGGAUGCUUAGACACCUCACUACAACUACUGACUAUCACACACUGGUUGCCAAUUAUAUGUCUGGGUUUUUCUCUUUAUUAACCACAGGCAAUGCAAGAACAAAGUUUCAUGUUCUAAAAAUGCUAUUGAAUUUGUCCGAAAAUCCUGUUGUGGCAAAAAAACUAUUCAGUGCCAAAGCUCUAUCAAUAUUUGUGGGUCUCUUUAACAUAGAAGAGACAAAUGAUAAUAUUCAAAUUGUUAUUAAGAUGUUUCAGAAUAUCAGUAAUAUUAUAAAAAAUGGAACUAUGUCUUUAAUUGAUGAUGAUUUCAAUCUUGAGCCACUUAUUUCUGCAUUCCAUGAAUUUGAGAAGUUAGCUAAGGAACUACAAGUCCAAAUAGACGAUCAAAAUGAUCCUGAGAUGGGACGACAAAGCUAGUGCGAAUAAUCACCUGCCUUGAUCAGCCUUAUGUUCCCAAAGAGCCCUGAGUAGUGCUUUGGUUUUCACAGUCUGGUUUUAUGUUGUAACUUAUAUUUUAAUGCUGAUGUUAACUUUGUCCAAUCCUUGGUUUGAGCUGGAUCAUUUUGUGGAUGCCAAAUGAAUAUUAGAGCUGAAAACAUAUUUGUUGAUAUUUGUCUUGCUGUCCAGAUUGCAAUAUUUUUUUUGGUAUUGAGCUUCCAGUGAACUGAGUCGCCUAUGUAAGCUACCCUGCUAUUUGUUGUUUAAACAUAUGGUUCUCUAUUCAAGUCUGUGUUUUCAAUAAAGGUCUAUGUGAAAAUUG